GGCUGCAGCGCCAGACAGCAUUGCACCGGCUGCUGCUGUAGGCUGAAUGGAGGCUCAGGCAGACUCCAGUACUGCAGAGCCAAACAGAGACAGAGACCUUCAUAAACUUCUCAAGUCCUCCAGCUCUGCGAGUCUCACCAGCGAGGCAUCCCACAAUGCUUCAGGAGAGCAAGUUGGAACCCCUGGGCACCAUUGCAGCCAGGUGCUGAUUGCAGAGAGACGCCAGCCACUGAGCAGUGUGUCCUCUCUGGAGGUACACUUUGAUCUUCUGGACCUGACGGAGCUCACAGACAUGUCUGAUCAGGAGCUGGGAGAAGUGUUUGCUGAUUCAGAUGAAGAGAACCACAAUGAAUCGGCAUCAAAUCAGCAGCAGCCUCCGUUGCCACGCUUUCCUCAUGGCGGUUAUGUCCGAUCACCUUCCUGGACCCGAGGCGGCAAAGGGGAGCAGCAAUCCAGGGACCGGAAACAUCACAGCGACUCAGAGAACACAGAGCCUUUGUUGAAGCUAGAACGCUCCCAAUCCCAGCAGCCCUGAGCCACAGACAGCUCCAUGGGCUCAGAGAGGACAGAAGUCCUUGACUUGGGCAUGAAAGUUCCUUCCCAAGGAAGUGAUGAGGGUUCUCUGAAAGGACACAGAGACCCCUGAUGAAGAUAUGUGAUUUUUCUUGCCUAAAUGGGGCAAAUAAAGAAACCUCCAAAGGUUGAAUGAAGAGUGGGCUCGUCUAGACAUGCAAAAUCCCUCCUCUAACCAGCACUCAGAGGGAGGUGAAUCAGUGAUGCAGCUCAUACGGUCUUUUCAGCAUAUCUAUAUGAAGAACUCAAAGCAUGAUCUCAUGAAGCAUUGCAGCCCAUUCAGAGUCUUUCUUGAUUCUGGAGAGGAACCGACCUAAGGAGCUGUUAAGAACUGAUGCAAAGCCUCAAAAUACAUUACAUUCUGUUUUAAGGUGGGAAGAAUUCCAUUUUAACAGCCUGUGAGUGGCCUACAGUGCUGUGCAAAAA